UCAUAGAGGCGCCUGGGACGCGCGCUGCCUCGGCGACCUUCACCGACAGUAACAGUCAUGUUCUCGUUGAAGCCCUUCUGGACCUGGGUCUGCACCUGCUUUGUAUAAUUUUGGCGAUGGGCAUGCGGGCCAACGGUUGUUUGCGAAGAAUCUAAAAAAAAAAAAGAGGGGAGAGUUCACACAAGAUGUGUCCGUGACAUGUGUGUGUCUUGCUUGAAAAGGGUAUGACGAAUGGUAGACUUCCAGAUGUCCCCGGUUCCAGGGAAUCAACCAACUAAAAUGAAUGAACACGAGCGAGACCAUAACCCGACCUCUCCGCGUAUUACCUUAUCAACACCAGAGCUGUCCUGUGGAUCCUUGUGUAGGGACCCAACCGAGAGGAACGCAUCAUGCACAUGGCCUCGAUCUUCCUCACAACCGUCCUGUGGAUGCCGCAGGCGCGAUGACACAGAAAGGGACGCCCGUGCCAACAGCACAAAAAGGAUGCAAAGCCAACAGGGGAGACCCUGUUUGGCCAUCUCUCGGACGGCAGAUGCCUUAGCGUCCAGGAAUGGACGCGUCCACGAAACGACGCCAGCCCAAAAUAUUC